GGAAGCAGGUUUUAAUUUUAUAGAUGGGAAAACAGGUUCAGAAAGUUCAACACUGAGUAAGUACUUGGUUCCAGGUUACACAAGUACUAAGUGGCAGAACUAGAUAUUUUUUUUAACCAAGGUGUAUCUGAUACCAAAUUUGUGACUUUUUUGCUAAGCUGGUUGCUUUGUGAGGUGGAUAUGCUCCUAAAAUAGAAAGGAGGAAAAUAUGAAUUCAGCGCACAUCCACAUAGAUUAUAACAACUAUCUGAAGCCCAGGAAUAAGUUAUGCAGACAAUAUGGAAAACAGACCUACGAUACUCAACGCCUGCAGAACAUAUAAUUGGAGGAGCAGAAUGCAAAGUGAACAUUUGGUUCCCUGGCAGGGCUCGUGGACACUAUGACAUAGAGCAGCUGUCCCCAGAGAAGGUUCUUUGUUUCUAGACCAGUGCUACAUAAGCAGCAUUUGAGCAAUUCAGGAUUUUCCUUCUGCUUCCUCUAUAAAUAGAGUUCAUGGGAUUCUGUAUGUCAAAAUUAAUGCCUUGAAAAGGAGCCACAGAGUAUGGAAAUAAGCAUUCACUCAUACUAUAAACUGGAAACAUGCUUGGCAUCAGGACGCCGUGUAAACGCUGUCACUACUUGGAUGGAUUCUUAGGUCUUAUUUAGCCUAUGAAAUUGCAGAGUAGAUCCUAUUAUGUAAGGAAACAGGAGGACGGCAUACUGUGGUUACAAAAUGAAGAACUUUGUGUCCUUCAGGGAAGAGUUAACAGGGCAGAUACACAUAGACAGAGACAUGUGAUAAGAAUGUGGAAAAUGAAUGAAUGGGUGGCAUGUAUAUGUGGCUCCUGCUGAAGCUGGGUUGCUGGAUAAUCCUCAGAUGUCAGAUUUCCGUAAGGCCAACAUGUGACUCAAAGCUUGCCACUCAACACAGAAUACUGGGCUGUGCUGGUAUUAAGAGGCUGGCUGGAAGCUAGGCUCCCACUGUGCACUAGACUAACUCCCUGUCGCUCUCUUCGUGUGGGUGGGUGUGCAUGUGUGAGUGUGAGGGUAUACGUUUUUAUGCAGUGGGUGUUUAAAGAGCUAAGCACUGAAGCUGGAUUUCCACAAACGAUCAUCACGAGCACUCCAGACACACCAAACUUCCUCUCUUGGUAUUUUUUUGCUUUCAUCUUUUUUUUUUUUGCAAACCCUGAAGGGGAGCUCCCCCAACAUUCAGCCUGCAGGACUGGGAAUAUUUUCUCCACAUGUCCAAUGUGGGUGCCCUCUCAAGGUUAGAACUGAAGCUAUGUGGGACCGGCAUAUUUUCAAGCACCAGAUGAGAGGAGCUGUGUGAAGAAGUUGCAGACACCAAAGGAAGAGUGACUGUGCCUUGUUAACAUGAACAACAGCUUGCAGGUUAACCUGCCCAGAAGCUGGGCUACUUCAAGUGGCUCCCUCCAGGAGAAGUCUGAGCAUUCUUUUUUUCUUUUCUAUUACUAUAGGAUGGAGGAUGAAGCUGUCCUGGACAGAGGGGCUUCCUUCCUUAAGCAUGUGUGUGAUGAAGAAGAAGUAGAAGGCCACCACACCAUCUACAUCGGGGUCCAUGUGCCGAAGAGCUAUCGGAGAAGGAGACGUCACAAGAGAAAGGCAGGACACAAAGAAAAGAAGGAAAAGGAAAGAAUCUCUGAGAACUACUCUGACAAAUCGGAUGUGGAAAAUGCUGACGAAUCAAGCAGCAGCAUCUUAAAACCUCUCAUCUCUCCCGCCGCAGAACGCAUUCGAUUCAUUUUGGGAGAAGAAGAUGACAGCCCUGCACCCCCUCAGCUCUUCACCGAAUUGGAUGAGCUUCUGGCUGUGGAUGGGCAGGAGAUGGAGUGGAAGGAGACAGCAAGAUGGAUUAAAUUUGAAGAAAAAGUGGAACAGGGUGGGGAGAGAUGGAGCAAGCCCCACGUGGCCACAUUGUCCCUUCACAGUUUAUUUGAGCUGAGAACGUGUAUGGAGAAAGGAUCCAUCAUGCUUGACAGGGAGGCUUCUUCUCUCCCACAGUUGGUGGAGAUGAUUGUUGAUCAUCAGAUUGAGACAGGCCUAUUGAAACCUGACCUUAAGGAUAAGGUGACUUAUACUUUACUCCGGAAGCACCGGCAUCAAACCAAGAAAUCUAACCUUCGAUCCCUGGCUGACAUUGGGAAGACAGUCUCCAGUGCAAGUAGGAUGUUUACCAACCCUGAUAAUGGUAGCCCAGCCAUGACCCAUAGGAAUCUAACUUCCUCCAGUCUGAAUGACAUUUCUGAUAAACCAGAGAAGGACCAGCUGAAGAACAAAUUCAUGAAAAAACUUCCACGUGAUGCAGAAGCUUCGAAUGUGCUUGUUGGGGAGGUUGACUUCUUGGACACUCCUUUCAUUGCCUUUGUUCGACUGCAGCAGGCUGUCAUGCUGGGUGCCCUGACUGAGGUCCCUGUGCCCACGAGGUUCUUGUUCAUUCUCUUAGGUCCUAAGGGGAAAGCCAAGUCCUACCAUGAGAUUGGCAGAGCCAUUGCCACCUUGAUGUCUGACGAGGUGUUCCAUGACAUUGCUUAUAAAGCAAAAGACAGGCAGGACCUGAUUGCUGGCAUUGACGAGUUCCUGGAUGAAGUCAUUGUCCUUCCUCCUGGGGAAUGGGAUCCAGCAAUCAGGAUAGAGCCUCCUAAGAGUCUUCCAUCAUCUGACAAAAGAAAGAAUAUGUACUCAGGUGGAGAGAAUGUUCAGAUGAAUGGGGACACGCCCCAUGAUGGAGGACAUGGCGGAGGAGGUCAUGGGGAUUGUGAAGAACUGAAGCGAACUGGACGGUUCUGUGGUGGACUAAUUAAGGACAUAAAGAGGAAAGCACCAUUUUUUGCCAGUGAUUUUUAUGAUGCUUUAAAUAUUCAGGCCCUUUCAGCAAUUCUCUUCAUUUAUCUGGCGACUGUAACUAAUGCUAUCACUUUUGGAGGACUGCUCGGGGAUGCCACUGAAAACAUGCAGGGCGUGUUGGAGAGUUUCCUGGGCACAGCUGUCUCUGGAGCCAUCUUUUGCCUUUUUGCUGGUCAACCACUCACUAUUUUGAGCAGCACAGGACCUGUUCUAGUUUUCGAGAGGCUUCUAUUUAAUUUUAGCAAGGACCAUAAUUUUGACUAUUUAGAGUUUCGCCUUUGGAUUGGCCUGUGGUCAGCCUUCCUGUGUCUCAUUUUGGUAGCCACUGAUGCCAGCUUCUUGGUUCAGUACUUCACUCGCUUCACUGAAGAGGGCUUUUCUUCUCUGAUUAGCUUCAUCUUCAUCUACGAUGCUUUCAAGAAGAUGAUCAAGCUAGCAGAUCACUACCCUGUCAACUCCAACUUCAAAGUGGGCUACAAUACUCACUUUUCCUGUGUCUGUGUGCCACCCAACCCAGUUAAUAUCUCACUACCUAAUGGUACCACACCAGGCCUGGAAGAUUUACCAACUAUUUCUUCUGCUGACAUGCACCAUAAUGCUACCAUUGACUGGGCAUUUUUGUCGACGAAGGAGUGUUUGAAAUAUGGAGGGAAGCUCGUGGGGAACAAUUGUAACUUUGUUCCUGAUAUCUCGCUUAUGUCUUGCAUCCUCUUUUUGGGCACUUACACCUCUUCUAUGGCUCUCAAGAAAUUCAAAACCAGUCGUUAUUUUCCAACCACAGCAAGAAAACUUAUCAGUGACUUUGCCAUUAUCUUGUCCAUUCUCAUCUUUUGUAUAAUAGAUGCCCUGGUAGGUGUGGACACUCCAAAAUUAAUUGUGCCAAGUGAAUUCAAGCCAACAAGUCCAAACCGAGGUUGGUUUGUUCCACCAUUUGGAGGAAACCCCUGGUGGGUAUGCCUUGCAGCUGCUAUCCCUGCCUUGUUGGUCACCAUUCUGAUUUUCAUGGACCAGCAAAUCACAGCUGUGAUUGUGAACAGGAAAGAGCAUAAACUCAAAAAAGGAGCUGGGUAUCACCUGGAUCUCUUUUGGGUGGCCAUCCUCAUGGUGGUGUGCUCCUUCAUGGCUCUUCCAUGGUACGUAGCUGCUACUGUCAUCUCUAUUGCUCACAUCGACAGUUUGAAGAUGGAGACAGAGACUUCUGCACCUGGAGAACAACCAAAGUUUUUAGGAGUGAGGGAACAAAGAGUCACUGGAACACUUGUGUUUAUUCUGACUGGUCUGUCAGUCUUUAUGGCUCCCAUCUUGAAGUUUAUUCCCAUGCCUGUACUCUAUGGUGUGUUCCUGUAUAUGGGGGUUGCAUCUCUUAAUGGUGUGCAGUUCAUGGAUCGUCUCAAGCUGCUUCUGAUGCCCCUGAAGCAUCAGCCUGACUUUAUCUACCUGCGUCACGUCCCGCUGCGCAGAAUCCACCUGUUCACUUUCCUACAGGUGUUGUGUCUGGCGCUGCUCUGGAUCCUCAAGUCUACCGUGGCUGCUAUCAUUUUUCCAGUCAUGAUCUUGGCACUUGUAGCUGUCAGAAGAGGCAUGGACUACUUCUUCUCCCAGCAUGACCUUAGCUUCCUUGAUGAUGUCAUUCCAGAAAAGGACAAGAAAAAGAAGGAAGAUGAGAAGAAAAAGAAAAAGAAGAAAGGAAGUCUAGACAGUGACAAUGAUGAUGAGAAAGAUCACCAACAUUCCUUGAACGCCACACAUCAUGCUGAUAAAAUUCCUUUCCUUCAGUCACUUGGUACGCCAAGUCCUCCUAGAACUCCAAUAAAAGUUGUGCCUCAAAUUAGAAUAGAACUUGAGCCUGAAGACAAUGAUUAUUUCUGGAGGAGCAAGGGAACAGAAACUUCAUUGUAACCUGUUCGUCUUUCUUAAAACUGACAGUUUUCGUUAUGUUCUUGUUUUUCUCCUUUGGUAACUUGUGUAUUUCUUGAAGUUUUGUUUUGUGUUUUGGUCACUGGCCAAAUAACAUAGUGCUCUCUCUGCUUUUCUUUUGCAUAGGUAAAAUCAAGACAAUAGUUCCUUAAAAACAGCAUCUGAAGAGUC